GAAUCUCUUAUUCUCUUUCCUUCAUAAAUUGAAACACAAUCAUGACAAAUCCGUUAUCGACAAUUCAUAGACAAUCUAUUCCAACAUCACCCACUAUUACCGAAAAUACAACUAUUCUCCAUAUUAAAGAAGAUAUAUCUACUAUUACAGAAGAUUCACCUUCUUCAACUGUAACAGAAGAGUCCUUAAAACAAUUAAAACGUAAAAUGAAAGAAAUUACAGAGCUAAAUAUAGCAAUGCAUAGAGAUUAUUUUCAUGCAAAAAAGAAGAUUCGUACAUUAACCUUUGAAAGAAAUCUACUAUUAGAUAGUAUUAAUCGUUUAGAAAAUAUGGAAAAAUCAAAUGAAGAUAGUGAUAGCGAACUAUAUAGUGAAUUAUCAGAUACGGAAGAUGAAGUAGAUGCUUUAUCAACUUUUAAUAAUCAUAUAUUAAAACCAAAGGUAAUAAUAAGGAAGGCAACUAAUAAAGCGUAUCGUUCAUCACCUUCAACUAUACUACCUCACAUAUCUCAUGAAAUUACAACACCUUCUACACCACCUAAACGAUCUAAAAUGGGUCGUGUUUCGCUUAAGACGCGUCGUGUUCAACCUAUUGAAAGAGAUGCUGAUGGAAAACCAAAACUACCUCAACAAAUUGGUGUUUUAACUGUUCUUAAUCUUGGUAAAAUCAUUACCGAUAGACCCGCCUUUCAUAAUGAAAGAUAUAUUUUCCCCGUUGGAUAUACUGUAAGCAGAACAUAUCCUAGUAUGAUAGAUCCCGAUAGUAACACAACUAUUACAUCGACCAUUCUUGAUGGUGGAGAUGGACCUCGAUUCCAUGUUGUAGCUGCUGAUAUGCCUGACGAACCUAUUAUUGCCAAUUCAGCAACUGGUGCCUGGACAGUCGUUGUUCGUCGUUCUAACGAAAUUCGUCAUCGCGACCAUUCUAACUCAGCAUCAGGUCCUGAUUAUUAUGGAUUUAAGCACCCUACUAUCGCUAACUUGAUCCAAGACUUGCCUGGUGCAAAAGAAUUAAAGCAAUAUGUUUGGCAGUCUUUUGAGGAAAUGGAGCCUCGUGCUGCAAAAGGUGUAAUGGCAGCAGCAGAAAAAAAGAGAGGAAAUUUAGAACAAAUGGGAAAUGCAAACAGGAAAGUACCAAAAAUAGAUAAUCAAAAUACAAUUGUAUUUGUGAAUGAAGAAGAACAUCAUGCUGAUGAAGAAGAUGGAACAGACGAAUUAGGAAUUAGUGAUAAAGAAGAAAUUUAAC